CUGAAUAUUACACAACACCGGGAAAGGGUUGUGUCUGGCGGCAGACGGGUUGCCAUGGCUGCAGCUGCUGCGCUGACAGACAGCGGUUGAGUUUGUGCUGGAAAAAAACGAAUCUUUGGGGAACCUUGUAUCUUGCUGCGCUCGUGUACCCGCACUGCAUCUAGAACUUUCACUUCUCUUAAAUCCAACUUUCUCUAACCAGCCAGCGUCGAGCUGCUCGCGCAUGCGCACUGAUAUUGGAACGGUCCACUGCAAUCCUUAAUAGGGGGACCAGGUAUUCGUGCAAGUUUACUGGUAACGUUAAAACAUGGCCAGCUUUAUACUGGUCAAACAAAAUAUGAUGUAAAAUGAAUAUAUUGUGUUUGAUACAUAUAGGCGUCUCGAUAUUUUCCCACCCUAACGUUACUUGUUGGUUAAGUGCACUCCGAGGAAAACUUUGGAACGUUUGACUUCUUGUAAGCUUAAAAGCAGUUAUCGUGAGUUUGUUCAAACAUGUGGGUCGUUAAUUAAAGUUAAAAUCAUUUAUUCUUCCACGUUAAUGUGCAGAGAAAACGAUCACAUUUGUGGUCAUUUUUGUUUACUAACAAAUAGGCAUGUUGUGUGCAUCUACACGAACACUGCUCUUUCUGUCCCUUUGCUCUCUGCGGUUUAUUGACUUAUCCAAAGCUUGACUUUGCUCUGCUAGGUUAAUAAUUAUACCAGAUAUUAUACUGAACGAUCGCAAACUCUUGCCGCAAAACAUGAGACUCGUGGCGUGUUUCCUUUCGCUGCUCGCGUUGUGUCCUGCCGCGGAAUGUGGUCAUGUUUUAGUCUGGUUCACCGAGGCCAGCCACUGGAUCAAUCUCAAGGUUGUGAUGGACACGCUGAUGGACAGAGGACACAACGUGACGGUGCUGAUGCCGAGCGCGUCUCUUUUCAUGGGCGCGAAAGACUCGGAUCGCUUCACCUGUCAGCACUUCAACGUGUCCGUGAGCGCGCAGGACAUGAACGACCACAUCGACAACCUCACGCGCUUCAUGAUGUACGAGAUCGACGAACUGAACCUCCUGCAGGUUCACGUGAAAUUCUACCAGCUUUUCUCCAUCGACCAAGACAUCUGUCUCGCGUACUGUGACGGCGUUUUGAAAUCGCCAGGGCUGAUGGAGGAGUUGCAGCGCGGGGGGUAUGACGUCAUGCUGGCCGACCCGAUCUUCUCGUGCAGCGAGAUCGUCGCCGAGCUGCUGAACAUACCGUUGGUGUACACGUUACGGUUCUCCAUCGCGCACACCGUGGAGAGAAUGUGCGGCCAGAUACCGGCACCACCAUCGUAUGUACCUGGAGCCAUGAGUAAACUCACGGACAACAUGAGCUUUAAUGAGCGCAUCUUCAGCGCGCUCUUCUAUCUUUCCCAAGAUGCGUUUGCCAGAAUCCUGUGGAGAAAGUUUGACAACUACUACACUGAAUAUUUAGGACGACCCAGCUCUUAUUGUGACAUGAUGGGUAAAGCUGACAUCUGGUUAAUCAGAACCUACUGGGACUUUGAGUAUCCACGGCCGUUCCUUCCCAACUUCAAAUACGUUGGAGGGAUCCACUGCAUCCCAGCCGAGCCAUUACCCAAGGAUAUGGAGGAGUUUGUGCAGAGCUCAGGGGAUGAUGGGAUAGUGGUGUUCUCUCUGGGGUCCAUGGUGAACAGCAUCACUAAAGAGAGGAGCAACACGAUCGCCUCCGCCCUGGCACAGAUACCUCAGAAGGUCUUAUGGCGAUACGCUGGAGAGAAGCCAGACACACUCGGCGCGAACACCAGAAUCUACGACUGGAUCCCUCAGAACGAUCUGCUGGGUCAUCCCAAAACCAAAGCGUUCAUCACUCAUGGAGGCACGAACGGCAUAUACGAGGCCAUAUAUCACGGUGUCCCGAUGGUCGGCAUCCCCUUGUUUCUCGACCAGCCGGAUAACAUGGCUCACAUGAAAGCCAAAGGAGCCGCUGUUGUCAUGGACUUCAAAAAAAUGACGACUCGAGAUCUGGCGGAUGGACUUAACGCUGUCAUUAAAGACCCCUCGUAUAAAGAGAAUGCUAUGCAUUUGUCCAGGAUCCAUCACGACAGACCGAUGAAGCCUCUGGAUGAAGCGCUUUUCUGGAUCGAGUUUGUCAUGCGGAAUAAAGGUGCCAAACAUCUGCGUGUCGAGGCUCAUAAUCUGACCUGGUAUCAGUAUCACUGUCUGGACGUGUUUGCUUUUCUCAUCACUAUUGUGACUGUUGUCUUCUACAUCUUCUUUGAAGCGUGUAGGCGCAUCAUAAUCCGUUGCUGUUUUAGAUCAAAGCGUAAAAGCAAGAAAGAGUGAAAUGGAUUUAGAAGAUUUUUUAUUCCUUUGCAGUUAACAUUCAGUUUGAUACUAUUUUAUGUAUACGUGUCAUUUUAUAUACCAUAUGUUUUAUAUGUAUAGUUAAAUAUAGUUAUAUUUGUAUAUUUGAAAUAUAGUCAUAUAUACAGAACAUAUUUUUCAUAUCGUGCAUUCUGUAAGUUUUACGGCUGUAAAAUUCUCUGUGUGCUGUAUGGCUCUUAAAUCUGUCAAUAUAAGAUGAAUAUGAGACAAAAAUACAUGUCACGUUUUCUUAUUGGCUGUUUCAGCAAAAAUACAUUUUAACAUGUAGUUGUCCAAACAUUAAGAAAGUUUUUGGAAACGGGGUAAAGAUGUUUUUUCAAAGAAAUUCAGAUAUUCAAACCAUUUGCUACCUUAAAUUUUUAAGAACAAUCAAUUUGUCUUUUUCAAAGAAAGGCUUUUUCAACAUGUUUUGGCCAGUGGUGAGUUAAUAAAACUUGAGUUGAAAA